UAUCCAAAAGUGCUUCAAUUAAGUUCGAAAGUCGAAAAUAAAAAUCAUAAAACAUGUAAUCAAAUCUAUGAUAAUCAAUCAAAAUUAAAAUAAAUACAGUUUAAGAAGUUUAACUACAAGUGAUCUUUUUGAAACUAUUUUAAUUUUAUUUAAUGGUACGAGAUGUAGUGCAAUGUGCGUGACUAUAACUUAACACAAACAUCGACAAUAACAAUAACAAUACAUCAAUAAGUCUCGUCUAACACGCUAAUACUAGUGAUGCUUUGUCCUGCGCGCGAAUCGAAAAUGCGCGUGUAAUGUGCGAUCGCAUCCACGUGCACAAAAACGCAAAAAAUGUUCAACGCGCUGCGGUGGCGCGUGCUACUCUCCAGCAUGCUGCUGGUUGUAGGCGUUGCCUGCUUCGACGAGGAGGAUAUCCCGAAAUUUAAGUUUUCCGCUGAUGAACUGCUGCAUAUGAAUUUUCCGCCGAAGAGCAGUAAUGAUUUAGAUCUGGAUCCGUGCAAAGCAGGUGGUUUCUUGGGAGAUAUUGCAAUUCCCGAUACACCAACUUCUAAACCCCAAGACUAUCAAAAACAAGUUAAUUCCUUCAAACAAGACGUUCUUGAUGGAUUGCAAAUUGAAGAGGAAGGUCUUUCUGACCUGGUGCGUCGCAAAACCAAAAUUGCCCACCAGCAGCAGCAGCAACAGAAUAUACCCACAAUAUUACCAAGUUACAAUGACCCAUCUUUACUGGUCAAUUCCAAUACUGAUACAAAAACCAAAAAAGACAUUCUUAAAAAACCUACUCCCCAAGAACUUAAUCAAAACAGUAAUGGCCGAAUAGUGUUUCAAUAUGCUACUGAGAAUGCCAAAGAUGGUAAAACACCAAAGCCCUAA